UGGGGUCACGAGAACUAUUUGCCCAGACUGGCCUUGGACCUCAAUCCUCAACUUCAGCCUCAAAAGUAGCUAGGAUUAUAGGCGUGAGCCACCAGUGCUGGGCCUGGCCUGAGUCUUUGUCCCUGGAAUGUUCAGUCUCACAAAGACGCUAGCUGGGAAAUGCAAACUAGACCCAGAGACAGUCCCGAGGAGGCAGGAGAGGAGCAGGAGGCAUCUGUCCACGUGACCUUCACAUGGGGGAUCCCAAAGAAGACGCAGAGGUCCAGAAGUCUGACCAUUUUCUAUCCGAACUGAAUUAAGCAAUCUAGUUAUUGGAUUUCAGGGGCUGGAGGCAGAAACAGCCCACAGGCAUCCGUGUCCAGGUCUGACUCUCAUCACUCACUCACACUUCUAACACAUUCAUUCAUUCAUUCAUUUGUUCAAUCAGCAGACAUUCCUCUAGGCCUGUUGCAGACUGGGCCCCUGCAGCUCUCACCUUGACCUUCCUGCCAAGUCUGUUCCCCCCAGUACUGGACUCUUCUCCACCCCACUUCCUUCCCCCACACCUCCAAUUUACCUCCUGCCUAACUUGGAUCACUGAGUUUCCUUCCCUGAAACUCAGAUUGUCCUAGUUCCCCAGGUGACCUUGAGCAAGUGGCCUCCCAAACCACACCCAGUGAGUGCUGGACAGAGGAAAGCUGGGGGGGGGGGUGAUACAGGCCUGGUGUGGGGACAUCUGAGGGCAGAGAGGUGUCCGCAGAAGAGAAGGAGCUGCUGCUGAGGCUAAGAUGGGAGAGUGGCUGGAGCCUGGCUGUCUGCUUCUGGAAUGGGAAGAAUGGAGCCAGGCAGGAGGUGGAAGGGGGGAGGAAAUGGAGGGGGUGACAGCAAGACCUGAAAAUGGGGCAAGGGUGGGGGCCAAAGCAAAGCCCGAGCUAGCUUGGAGUCAGGAAGGUCAGUGGAUCAGAGCAGGGACUCAGGUGUCUCUGAGGCCCUGGAGAGGGCUCUGACCUCAGAACCACCUGUCCCUAUCUUAUCGGCAGGUGUAUCUGUGCCCCUCCCUGAAGCCAGGGCUGGCCAGGCUUCCUGGAUAGAGGGUGGGAACAGACAGAGGACCUUCUCCAGUUAGGACCUGGGCUAGGCUGAUGGACACUCCUCCCUCUCCUUGGCUAUUCCAGCCCCAGCAGCAACUAGAAGGGCUCCCAUAGGGCAAGCCACCUCGUCCUGGCCACCUCCUGGCUGAGAAUUGUGCCUGUACCUUUAAAUUCUCAGCAGGUUGAAACGGCUGGUGACAUCACUGGUUCCCGGGAGCUGAGUUGCUGGAGCUGGAGCCCAAGGGAGCCGGGCUGCUGGGGGCUGCAGACAUGGAGGGCCAGAGCAGCGGUGGCAGCAGGAGACCAGGGACCCGGGCUGGCCUGGGCCCCUCACCUGCACCCCAUGUGGUUUCUAAAACUGGGAUGUCCUCCAAGGUGGACUCAAAUUUUCAGCCUCCAGCAAAGAACACAGCCCCAAGACCGUCAGAACCAAGGUUUGCUCUGUCACCCGUGGGGCCAAGAGCAGCUAUGUCACCUCCCUCAGAUGAUCCAGAGCUGGCUCUAUCAUCUCCCCGACCCAUCCUGACUCCACCGUCUACCCCCGGAGGACAGAAGAGAACUCCUGCCCAGCACAGUUCCAGCCUGGCUCCAACCUCCGUGGGUCAGCUGGUCAUGUCUGCCUCGGCUGUGCCAAGGCCUCCCCCAGCCGCCCUGGGGCCCAGUCUGUCUCCAACUUCCAGGGACCAGAAUCAGUUGUCACCCACCUCCAUAGGAUCUAAGCCAGCGCUGGCAGCCUCAGGCCUGAGUCUGGCUCUGGCCUCUCAGGAGCAUCCCCUCCAGUCCCCCUCCAGUCUUUCCCCAGUGUCCAGUCCAGUUCUGUCACCCUCUCAGGAGCAGACCCUGGCUCUAGCAUUCACGACAUCAGCCCCGGCUUCUAUGGGACAGACACCAGCUAGACAGAGAGACACCCUAGCCCCCGGCCUUCUCCCCACUGCCGAAGGGUGUCUCCAGCCUCCAGCUCAGGCACCUGGUCCUAUGAGUCCCCCAUCCUUGAUCCAAACCUCCCCUGACCCUCAGUUUUCCUCUUCCUUUCGAGCCCGGCCUGAAGCCCCCUGUAACAGACCUGAGGAUCCUGUCUUGCCACGGCCACCUCAGACCCUGCCCUUGGAGGUGGGCUCUGGUCUUCCAGAGCCUGGCACCCGCUCCCUUGGACUUUUGUCUCCUACCUUCCGGCCAGGGACCCCCUCAGGCCAAACUGUACCCCCACCUCUGCCCAAGCCACCCCGGUCUCCCAGCCGCUCCCCCAGCCGCUCCCCCAACCGCUCUUCCUGUGUAUCCCCGGCCCCUGAAGUGGCCCUCGUCAGGCCUGCCACCCAGAGUCCAGGGUCUGCCACCCAAGGUGCAGGGCCUGGCAACCCGGGUACAGGGCCUACAGGACCUGGCAGGAGCCUAAGCCCUAACCUUCAGGCCCGAGAUGCUCCAGUCCCCAUCUCUCCUCCUACAUCUUCCUCAUCCUCCUCCUCUUGGUCAGCUCAACCUACCUGCAAGAGUGACCCCGGAUUCCGGAUCACUGUGGUUACAUGGAAUGUGGGGACUGCCAUGCCCCCUGACGAUGUCACAUCCCUCCUCCACCUUGGAGGUGGCGAUAACAGUGACGAUGCAGACAUGAUCGCCAUAGGGUUGCAGGAAGUGAACUCCAUGAUCAACAAACGGCUCAAGGAUGCUCUCUUCACCGACCAGUGGAGCGAGCUCUUCAUGGACGCUCUGGGGCCCUUCAAUUUCGUGCUGGUGAGUACAGUGAGGAUGCAAGGCGUUAUCCUUCUGCUGUUCGCCAAGUACUACCACCUGCCCUUCCUGCGGGACGUGCAGACCGAUUGCACGCGCACCGGCCUGGGUGGCUACUGGGGUAACAAGGGCGGAGUGAGCGUGCGCCUGGCGACCUUCGGGCACAUGCUCUGCUUCCUGAACUGUCACCUGCCCGCGCACAUGGACACCGAGCAGCGCAAGGACAACUUUCAAACCAUCCUGAGCCUCCAGCAAUUCCAGGGACCCGGCGCACAAGGCAUCCUGGAUCACGACCUUGUGUUCUGGUUUGGCGAUCUGAACUUCCGCAUUGAGAGCUAUGAUCUUCACUUUGUCAAGUUCGCCAUCGACAGUGGCCAGCUACAUCAGCUCUGGGAAAAGGACCAGCUCAAUAUGGCAAAGAAUACCUGGCCCACCUUGAAGGGUUUCCAGGAGGGGCCGCUGAACUUCGCACCCACCUUCAAGUUUGAUGUCGGUACCAACAAAUACGAUACCAGUGCCAAGAAGCGGAAGCCAGCCUGGACGGAUCGCAUCUUAUGGAAGGUGAAAGCUCCAGGUGGAGGUCCCAGCCCCUCUGGUCGGGAGAGCCACCGGCUACAAGUGACCCAGCACAGCUACUGCAGCCACAUGGAAUACACAGUCAGUGACCACAAGCCGGUGGCCGCCCAGUUUGUCCUGCAGUUUGCCUUCAGGGACGACGUGCCUCUGGUGCGGCUGGAGGUGGCAGACGAGUGGCUGCGACCCGAGCAGGCCGUGGUGAGGUACCGCAUAGAGACCGUGUUCGCCCGCAGCUCGUGGGACUGGAUCGGCUUGUACCGGGUAGGCUUUCGUCACUGCAAGGACUAUGUGGCUUAUGUCUGGGCCAAACAUGAAGAUGUGACUGGGAGUGUCUACCAGGUGACCUUCAGUGAGGAGUCUCUGCCCAAGGACCAUGGGGUCUUCAUCCUGGGUUAUUACAGCCAUCACCAUAGCAUCCUCAUCGGUGUCACCGAACCAUUCCAGAUCUUGCUGCCUACCUCGGAGUCGGCCAGCAGCACCGCCGACAGCUCGGGGACCAGCUCGGACGGGGAGGAUGACAGCACCCUUGAGCUUCUGGCACCCAAGUCCCGCAGUCCCAGUCCUGGGAAGUCCAAGCGACACCGUAGUCGCAGCCCAGGCCUGGCCCGUUUCCCUGGGCUGGCCCUCCGGCCCUCAUCCCGUGAAUGCCGUGGUGCCAGCCGCAGCCCCUCGCCCCAGGGUCGCCGGCUGCCCCGGGUGGCCCCCAGUAGGGGCAGUGGUGACGGCAGCCGGGGCAGCAGUGAGGAAGCACCUUUGGGGCCGCCUGGCCCCUGGGUUUUCCCACCAGCUGUGCCUCGAAGUCUGGGCCUGCUGCCAGCCCUUCGCCUGGAGUCUGUGGACCCCGGUGGUGGUGGCUCUUGGGGACCCACCAACCCCAACAGCCUGUCUCCCAGUCCCCAGGGCCGGCAGGGGCUGGAGGGAGGUCACCCGGGCCCUGAGGACGAAGGUCACAAACCAGCCUGCCUCUCUCCUGCUGCUCCCACAUCAGGGGUGGCCAACUGA